UUACCCACACAUCCGGUGCAGUUUCAUUGGAGUACUGCUUACAGUUCUCCCGACGACUCGGAAGCAGACGAUCUGUGGAAUGCGAUCGAUACCGCUCAUGGCUAUAUCGCUGUUGAGCAUGAAUGGGCGCGAGAAAGGGGUUGGAUGGCGAGUAUGCCUGUGCCGGGAGAUGAGACGAAGGCGCUCUACUUUAUCCAAUGCCACGCCGACCCUACGCCACUUUAUACUUUGGGCAGGCAUACCUCAGGCGACGGCCAGUGGCACAUGUGCAAAGACUGGAAUGCUUUGCGCGACUACGCCACCGAGAACAGUGCAUGCUUCCGCGAUCGUGUUGGUAAUGAGAGCUUGAGGGAGCAAUUCGGGAACUGUGAG